AUACCGUUUGAUGGCACAGUCGAAGCUGCUACGGUCGCGCAUCAAUAAGAUCCAAAGAAAUCCCAACGACGAUAACUUCGUUGGAUGGAUGCCGCAUCAUUUGGCGCCAUAUUAAAGUGCUUGGACCGGGUUCAAGUCGUAUUCGCGUAGCAUUUAUGUAUGUGCGUGAAGUGUGUGUGCGUAUGUGUAUCCCAGCGUCUGGUUGUGUGUGAUUUCGCGCGCUUUUGUGUCGCCUGUUUUUCUGUUUAUCUUGGCCAAUGCCUUAGCCUCUAACCAACGAUUUCGGCAAACAAAGGCAAGGACAGGACAAAGGAAAGACGCCCAAAGGACUUCCACUGCCUGAGAUUUGCGGCCAUAUUGAUCAACUGCUGGCAGUUAAAUUCAAUUGAUGCAUUAAUUAGGCAUUUAAUGGAGUCCAGACAACAAUAGCUGCACACAAUUUAAACCACGAACUGCGGUGACGGGUUAAGCGGGCGAACUGCGAAACGGCGAAGCAACCGAACAGUGCUACAUAAAUAACAACCACCUUAAGUAUUUUAUCGUGUUGGCGCAACAACAAGAUUAUCAGGAAGCCAAAUUAUCCACACGCAGCAACGGUACAAAGCAAUCAUACAAGAUGGCUGGCGGCGGUAGGACAGCAGGAAAAUACGGUUAUUCGGAUAACAAUUAUUACAGUGGUCACUCCUACAAAAGCAUCAACGACGAGAUUAUAUUGGUCAGCAUUAUAAUGGGCAUUACGAUUUUGGUACUCAUUACAAUUGCCCUGUGCUACAUUGCGUAUGAGAAAUGUCACAAGAAGCGUGAAUAUUUUAUCAACGCCUAACGGGUUCCCACUUCAAUUUAGUAUAGUACAAAAACUACAAACACACUGACACACACACAAAGUCACCGAAAAAGUAGAAAAAGUGGCGUGGCAACAUUGCAAGGUCAAAUGUCAACAACGCGGCGACUGCAACAAUGUUGACGUUGACGAUUUAGUUGGCCAGAAUGGGCGAAGGGGCAAGAGGAGCUGGUUUGUUUUCAUGCUGGCAGCCAUAAGUAUUUGCCUGCAGCUUACACUAAACACAUACACACAAACACAAGUACUCACACACACACACACAUAUAUAUAUAUUCAUAUACAUAGAAAUGUAAAAUAGUGCAAUUUUGCGAUUUUUAAACGUUAUUCGUAUUCUUAUCCAUGUGCUAUGUGCGCUGCACGCGAAUCCUUAUUGGAUUUAGUUCGAUUUCGAGUACGUCUAAGGUAGCUCGUCAAAAAUGGAAUAAAUACCCACAGGAGUACGUAAUUGUGGCUUAUGAUGCACAGUGGCUCAGAAAAAAGAAAAUUGAAUAUUUGGCAUUCGAUUAAAAUUCAUAUUUUAUGCAUUGGCAUUCAAACGACACUUAAGUUUCAAUUUAAAUUAAUUUGGCAAAGAAAAAUAGAUUGGAGUGAAUUUAAUUUUAUUCGCUAAUUGAAAUGCAAAACUGAUGUGUUUUAUACAUACAUAUGUAUUAUCCAGCGUGGACCUUCAAGUUGCAAGUUACAAUGCGGAUUGCCGGCUGUCGAUAUUCCUGAUGCUGCUGUCAAUUUCAAGUAUUGACAUCAUGGGAGCAUUUAACCAGCCAAAGGACACCCCACAUUCAAACAGACCCACAAACACAGGGACAGUGAGAGACAAACGAACAAAGUUUGUGACUUUUUCUCUUUUUCUCAAUUUUUCGGUUGCUCGAAGCUAUAAUAAUAAAAACAGUAACGGAAACUGGUUGCAAUGCACACGAACAAAAGGGAAAAAGGCAAAAAGAAAACGAAAACAAUAAAAACCGUCGCAUAACAAUUGUCUGAAAAUAAAACGAGGUACCAACGGGAAUUCAAUGGUCAAAUCAACUUGACAUGAAAUUAGUGGCAAUGCCUGCAUUAAAGAUUUGUACUUUGACCGCAAAACACACUAUCCAAAAAGGCAAAACCAAAAAAGGUUAGGCACCUCGCCUAAAUUUCUAUAGAAAAUAAAUGUAUUCCACACAAGUGGAAGAGCUCACAUUCCAAUGUAAACACAAACACACUCGAACAGCAUCCGAGAACGGACUAAAUGUUAAUCAGCUUAGCAACCUAACAUAUUAUGUAGAAUCGUGCACACACACAUACAUUCUCGAGCAUACACACACACAUACACCACAAUAUAUAUUUAACGGGCCUAAAACAGGUUUGUGUUCCUAAAAGCAGACAACACGAAAAAAACAACAGAAAGCUGGAUGAAGAGCCGAAAACACACAUGAGGCAGUAUGUAGGCGUUAUCCUGUCGCAUGCUUUUAAAAAUUAAACAACUGAUUAAUGGCAAAGUUUGCUCAUCCAAAAAUUAUCGGCUGACAAAUUGGUAGGGCAUCAUGAAGUCUCAUCAAUUGUCUGCCACCGGAAUCCAAUUGCAUUACGGGAACAGAACAGUUCAAGCAUAGCCACAAUAACUUAAGGUAAACACAAUUAAUCUUUAUAUACUACAGAAUUCAAUAGAUGAAGUAUUCUUCAGAAAUGCUUUCAUUCUGUUGCCAAUCUAUUGGCCAGCAACAAAUUUACAAUUCUUAUUCAAAUACGUAGAUUUUCUCGUCAAUUGAAUUUAAGUUUUAAAAUUUUAAAAAUGCAUAUUUACCGAAUGUUGUUAAACUUUUUGUUGAAAAUCUAAGAUGUAAAAAAGCAGUAUAAGGACUAAAUGUCAACAUGAAGAACUUUACUAAUUACCCGAUAAAGAAGUAAAUUUAACAUAAAACUGAGUACCCACAAAAAAGAGAAAAUAACUUUAAUGACAGCAAUAAGAAUAUUGUGUAUAAUGAAAGCGUUGCAGAUUAGUUGAGCACCCAAGGCCAACAAUACAAGAACCUAGCAUGGCAGGGGAUACGUCUUUAGCACUUUCCUUGAAGGAACAUUUUAGUGUAGAUGCGUGCAAAGUGAAAAUGAAUCUCGCAAUUUGAAAUGGACCAUGCACAAAUACGCACAAUCACCUAUCAUCAUACUCGUGUAAGCAGACAUUCACACUGACAAACACAGACUCACACUUGCUAUGUACGAAGCGCUGCUCUAUAUCCAAUUUACAUCGUACUCGUGUACUCGUGGCAUUGCGAACUUUACGUCCAUUUUUAUAGUUUCCUUUUUUAAUGUCAGUGUCACACUAAUUGCCACAUGUGUUGGCAAAAACGAAUGGAAACGAAGCGAAAUUAAUGAAUUACUUUAUUGUCUUUGCAUUACGUGUGUAUUCUAUGCAUUUAACUCUAUUAAAAAUAAAAUCUAUAAACCCGUAUAGAUGUGACCACUAUAGCAUGUACCUACAUAUACAUAUAUAUAUAUAUUUGUAUUGAACAAGUAGUUUAAUUAGAAUGCAGCGCACUCUUUUUUCAUGAAAAGAGGGACCAACACACAACCACAAACAAAAAAUGAAAUGUGUACUUUAUUUUAAAAGUGAGAACUGUAGUGUUGAAGACAGCCGAAACACUUAAAUGUUAUAAGUCUAUACGCAUUGUAGUCAAAUUGUUACAAAAUUGUAUGCGAUAUAUUUAAUUGUACAUCACAAUAAAUCUGUUUAUGCAUGUUAAAGGUUCAAUCGUUAAAUCACUCUUCAAAAUGGGCGCCAAAAUUCUCAACGGUCUGGCAACGUCAGAAAGCCGAUUGGUCUUUUGGUGUUUGAUUGGCAAUCGAUAAUUACAGAUUUUUGUAAAGGUAUUUGCACAACAUUUUGAAAUAACUUUCUAUUUGGCAAAUUUUUAAUCCAAAUACAAAUAUCAAUGUUUGUCUAUAUGUUACUGUUAAUAACAGCUAACGAAAACAAGUGGCAAGUGUUAAUGUUACUCUUCUGUUAUGUUAAUAACAUAUCUGAGUCUGGCAACAACAAACAAAAUGUAAAAAGACGGAACUUGUUGCAAAAAUUGCAAAAAAAAAAAUUCAGAAAAUAUCUUAGACAAGCA